CGCCCCCCCCGGCCGGGCAUUGCGCAGGCUCGGCGCAGGGCUCUGCUCCGCACACCCCAUCAUGGCGCUGCGGCGGCCGGCGCUUCUCUUGCUGCUGCCUUUGCUCGGCUGGAGACUCUUGGCCGUGGAGCUGACAUCCAGCAACACCAAGCCUGUGGUGCAGGAAUUCCAGAGUGUUGAGCUAUCCUGCAUCAUUAAAUCAACCGUAACACCGGAUCCCAGAAUAGAGUGGAAGAAAAUCCGAGAUGGCGAAACCUCUUAUGUGUUUUUUGACAAUAAAAUGCAGGGUGACUUUGCAACUCGGGCAGAAAUUCUGAGCCGGACAUCACUGGUGAUUAAAAACACCACCCGCAUGGACACGGCCACCUACCGCUGUGAAGUGGCAGCACCUUCUGAUACCAAAACCAUAGAUGAGAUAAAUAUCCAGCUUACAGUCCAAGUGAAACCCGUGACUCCGAGAUGCACGGUGCCUAAAGCUGUACCUGUGGGUAAGACAGCCUCCCUCCACUGCCACGAGAACGAAGGUUACCCCAAGUCUACGUACAGCUGGUAUCGCAACAGCGAGCCGUUAUCACCAGACACAAAAUCAAAUGCCAAAUUCCAGAAUUCGUCCUACAGCUUGAAUCCCACCACAGGCACUCUGGUGUUUCAUGCUGUGCACAAAGGUGACACGGGCCGUUACUCCUGCAUUGCAACAAACGAUGCUGGCUUUGCCAAGUGUGAGGAGCAGGAGAUGGAAGUCUAUGACCUCAACAUUGGUGGGAUAAUUGGUGGAGUCCUGGUGGUCGUGGCAGUGUUGGUGCUCAUCACUCUCGGAAUCUGCUGUGCUUACAGGAGAGGCUACUUUGCAAACAGUAAAGAGAGUGGGGAAAGCUACAAGACUCCAGCAAAACCCGAUGGUGUUAAUUACAUCCGGACAGAUGAUGAGGGCGACUUCAGGCACAAAUCUUCAUUUGUCAUAUAAGAUGCCAAAAGAAUAUUGCAAACCAGCAAAAGCAAGUGUGAAAAUACCUCCUCCAGGAACUCAAAGCGAGAGCAAAAGACGAAUUAAGUGCGCUUGGAAGAGUUUGGAACACACAAGAACUUGAUAGCUAGCUAUCUGUAUCUCUUUUGUUUUUCUUUGCCAAAGUUUAAAGCAACUCCUCACUGCCCAACUUGCGUCUCCCCUGCCUUCAAGGACACCACCAGGACCCCCUAAACCUGUCCUUGGAGUAAGGAAGAUAAAUACUUCCCAAGAGACUGUGCUAUGGAAGUCUGUGGAAUUGCCUUCUCUUUGUGCUGCAGGGACACAGCCUCAGUGUGCAAACCAACCAGGGAGCAGCGUUAUGUAGACAUUACUAGUGGGGAAAAAAGGUGCUGAUACAGCAGUAGGACUGCAAAGAAUAAGUGUUGCCCAUUUAUCUAUACGAGGGGGAAAUCCUCCUCGCAGCAGUUUGCUGCCCAGGCCAGGCUGUGACUUGUGAUUGUCUUGUGCUUUUGACUAUGACUGUUCAGGUGCACCUGACAGGUUGAGAGGCACACAUACAGCAAACACAACUAAUGUUCUCAGCCCUUCUGUCAACUUAUUACUCAUCACUCUGUUUAACAAGAAACACAGGCAGCAUCAGGCUGCAGGACUGCUGCUGCUGGCUGCUUUACAGAAGGCUCACUGCACGCAGGUAACCCCUCAUUCUAAUCUGCAAAGCAGGCUUCCCUCUUGCAUCUGCUGGCCUGUUAAAGAGGCUUACAGUGCAGGCACAGAACCCAGUGCUCAGUCGUCCCUUCCAGGAAAAUCAAAGCCAAAUAUUUCUGUGGGCCCAGAGUCCUACAAAAGGUACUGAGACCUUUUCAAGCUUUUUUUUUUCUUAAACCUUCUCCCUUUCUUUUGUAAAAUCCCACAUGCUAAAUUUUUUGCAAAGAUCUAUUUUGAUUACUUCAGAAAAGGUAACGUUUCUAUUUAAAGUGUAAAUACGUGAUGCCAGCAGUGUUUAAGUAACGUGGCUAUUUUUUUACUUUCUAAGCUACAGAGGAGAGCUCAAACGUUGCUAUAGUAUGGCACUGUCAGAGCAUAUCAGUGUUACUGCAGAGUGUAACACAAACCUGCAGGUAGAACAGCAUCUCCUUCCUCUUAAGCUACCCUCAGCAAUUUCCUUGUCACAGGAGGUCUUACAAGACACAGAACAGAGUCACUCAGGGAUAGUUUUUGUAAAUUUAUGGCAGGACCUCUCAACUUUUUUAUACAUUGAACUUUUCUUGCCAGUGACCAACACUUUGUUUUUGUUGUUGCAAGAAAUAUCCAGGGAUGGCUUUUUUUAGAUUCAGUCCCAACAAGGUGACAGAGUGACUUUACUGUUUGCUCCCCCUCUGCAACUUCCCUGAAGCACUAACGUGGUGCUGUGACAGCUAUGGCAACGUUACAGGUUUAGAUGGCAUAGCCAAGCAACUGUUUCUGGAGUUGGGAAAGCAAAAGGUCAACACAGAAGCACUUUUGUAGUGUCAGUUGCAACUUUUCUCUCCAUGGUAAAAGGAAAAUAAAAAAAGAAAUCUAGUUCUCUUUGCAUUAAAGAGAAUGAAUGGAAACUCGUGUUGAUGCAUGAGUUGAUAGUGUUGGAAAGCAGUGGGUUGCCUAAAACUGCAAGAUGUGGAUGCAACACUAGAACUGUGCUGUGGUUUAAGAAGUUUUUUAAAUGUAGCAUAAUUUAGUAUUCUUGUAUUUCCAAUAUGAAUUGUCUUAACUUUUCAUGUAGACAGUAUUUUGAAUACUUGAUGAUUUGGACUGUCAGUGUUAUUUUUUAAGCGUUCUGCAUUCAUCUGCUUUGUUUGCCUUGCUGGACAUGCCAUUGCUGCAUUUGUUUUACCUACAUUAAACAUUACCACUUUUCCUUUUGCUAAUGAAAGCAAAACUAAAGCUAGGGCAGCAAUUUCUUUCCAUAACCACAACCAUGGCUACUUCUCAACUCAUUUUGGCAACCUUAAGAUGGGCACACAGUGGCGUUCACCAGCUGCAUGCUGCCCCUCGUCAUUACAGCAGCAGUGAGCACAACAUUCCUUUCUGCACACCCACCAUUCUGUGCUGCUUGUAGGAUACUCUCAAUGAGGAAGAGAAGGUAAAUGGUUGAGCUGGGGUAGCUCUGGGAGUACAAUCUAGUUUUGCUAUGAGCCAAAGGCAGCCUUCAUGGGGGAAGCCUGCAAACUAAGAAUCACAACUUAUAUCUUUCCAUGUGACAGUGGCAUCUCUAACGAGAGGAGGGGAGACGAUCCCCCAGCACAGCUCAUGAGAUCUGAUGGAUGGAACCUGUAUCAUUGUGAAUAACUUUUAGGUUUGUACUAAUGUAUGACUUUGCAAGAAUGUUUUACAUAAAUACCGAGCUCUAAAGCGUU